AUGAGCACGUCGGAGGAGGUACGCUACGAGGUGAACUUCGCCGGAACCCAGACGUUUGCAGUCACACUCCGAUCUAGAUUGAAGGAGAUCUUCAUCCCCGACGAUCCUUUCCGCCAUUUACAAGACCUUCCACCACGCACCAAGGCUCACAGAAUUCUCAAGUACUUCGUCCCCAUCUUAGAAUGGGGACCAAGGUAUACAUUCAACGAGUUUCGCUACGAUUUGCUCGCCGGAAUCACCGUCGCCAGCUUAGCCAUUCCUCAGGGAAUCAGCUAUGCCCGCCUCGCCGAGAUCCCCCCAAUCAUCGGCCUCUAUUCGAGCUUUGUGCCGCCAUUGGUGUAUGCCAUCUUUGGUAGCUCGAAGAACUUGGCUGUUGGGACGGUGGCGGCCUCGUCGUUGUUACUGAAUUCGAUUAUCCGGCAAGUCAUCUUGCCGGAGAAGGACAUGAAGCUUUACAUUGGCAUCGUCAUGACGGCCGCCUUUUUCACAGGAAUUAUUCAAAUGACACUAGGAGUAUUCAGAUUAGGGUUUGUAGUGGACUUCUUGUCAAGAUCCACAAUUACUGGAUUCAUGGGAGGCACAGCGAUCCUUAUUAUUAUGCAGCAGUUGAAAGGAAUGCUUGGGAUGACGAGAUUCACCACCAAAACAGAUGUCAUUUCAGUUCUUCAUGCUGUCUUUGAAUACAGAGAUGAUUGGCAAUGGCAAAGCUUUGUUAUGGGGAUCUGUUUCCUUGCCUUUUUACUUGGUACUAGGUACUUGAAAUUCAAAGUUCCCAGACUGUUCUGGGUCUCAGCUAUUUCUCCUUUAGUGGUGGUGAUAGUGGGAGGUUUAGUGGCUUUUUUCUUGCAUGGAGCGACCCAUGGAAUCCCAAUAGUAGGACCAUUGAAGAAAGGACUCAAUCCCAUCUCCAUUGGAAACUUGGUUUUCACUCCUCCUUACCUGCAGUAUGCAGUUAAAGCUGGCUCAGUAACUGGAUUCAUUGCUCUAGCAGAAGGUAUAGCAGUUGGCAGGAGCCUUGCUUUAAUGAAAAAUCAUCACGUUGAUGGUAACAAAGAGAUGAUUGCUUUUGGUUUGAUGAACAUUGCUGGCUCUUUCACUUCUUGUUAUCUUACUACAGCCCCAUUUUCCAAAUCGGCGGUAAACUCCCACGCCGGAAGCAAGACUGCAAUGUCAAAUAUAGUGCAAGCUAUAUGCAUGAUGUUAGUGCUGUUGUUCCUGGCUCCUCUCUUCAAGUACACUCCUCUGGUUGCUCUGGCUACCAUUAUCAUUGUCGCCAUGAUUGGGCUUCUUGAGUUUAAAGAGAUGGUGCAUCUCUUCAAGGUGGAUAAGUUUGACUUUUGUGUUUGCAUGGCUGCUUUUCUUGGUGUUGCCUUCCUCUCUAUGCUCCAAGGCCUUAUGAUCUCAGUUGGCUUGUCAAUAAUCAGAGCUCUUUUAUGUGUGGCCAGACCGAUAACCUGCAAACUUGGAAGGUUACAAGGAACCAAUAUGUAUCGAGAUAUUGAGCAUUAUCCCGAUGCAUCUACCAUCCCUGGCAUUCUAAUUCUGAAUGUAGGCUCUCCUGUUUAUUUUGCCAGUGCAAACUACCUUAGAGAGAGGAUCACAAGAUGGGUGCAAAAUGAAGAGAGAUCUUUCAGUGAAACCCAAGGCGAUAUACACUACGUUAUACUAGAUAUGGGUGGAGCCACCGCCAUUGACAAAUCAGGCAUUGGAAUGCUUGAAGAAGUUCAUAAAUACCUGAAGAAAAGAGGAACCAAGAUGGUUCUGUGUAAUCCGAGGUUGGAGAUCAUUAAAAAGUUAAUUACGGGGAACAUUAUUGAUUUAAUUGGAGCAGAUUGGAUUUUUCUCACAAUAAAAGAUGCAGUUAAAGCCUGUGAAUUUGCUUUGCAGGAGCACAGAAGGCAGCAACAAGAUGCAGUAUAA